UUGAAGAGACUCAGAUUUUACGGAGAUUUUGAGGAGCUGCGGCGGAGAAUCUGCAGAGAUUUUUGGACCUUCAUCCCUUUGCUGGGAUAGAUUUUUCCCCUUCUUACCAAGGGAGAUUGAAUCAUUAUUAGAGAAGAUGUAGACCGCGAAAGCUGAAACUUUUACUUUAUGCUUAUUUCUUAUAUUCUGCUUUUUAGCCCUCACUGAAAGGGAAGCCCUAAAAGGGAAUUUUAUUAUUUUUUCUUUGUUUUUAUUUUUUCUGUAUUUUACCAAUAAAAGAAAACUUGAAUAAAAGGGUUAUAGUUAACUUCGGUUAACUUCCCAACCAAACUUAUUUCUCUUAUAUUUGCCCACAUCCACUGAGGAGAGGAGAGGACAACACAACGAGCAGCUGUUCAUCAAGCUGGACCAUCAGCUGAGCUACUUUUUUCUACAGAUGCCCAAUCAUCAACUGAGAGCACUGCUGAGCUAAAUAAAUCCAGGUAAACCUGAAAUUAUCAUCUGUUCUCUCUGACAACACAUCCUGCUGCUGGCACUGACUAAACGCUGGUUAAUCGUUAACCUCUAAUCAUUAAAACCCUGUCACUACGUCUGUGGACCCCAUUGGCUCUUUUCUUUCAGAGAGGAGGAGCUUUAAGAUUACUCAUGCUUCAGAAAAGAGGAUAUGGUUGCAUUUAGUACCUUGUGACCAGAAGUCAGACGUCUUUCUGUUUCAGAUACAAAGCUCGAACUGUGAGGACUUUAACUUAGUCUUAUUGAUUUACAUACACCCAGCUGACCAUGGAAAGACGGAUUAAUGAGAGAGGAUUCGAGGAGCAUUUUGUUAAAGGUCGGCACCUAAAACUGGUCGACCUGAAACUGGAAGCUGAACGUUUUGGUUUAAGAAACCAAUACCUCUUCAAAGAGAACAUCCCAAAUUCUCCUAGAGCAGAGUUUCAUGUGUCUUUUCUGAAACACGACACCGAUCAGACGGGCUUACGUGGAAUCAGGAGGGAUGAAGGGUUCAGAAACCCAAGAGGAAAGUCUCUGGUGUGGUGGAGUCUAAAGGUUGGACCAGAGGAGGUGGAAUCUGCUGAGAAGAGGCUCCUGGACCAGACUUAUCCAGACCGGACCGAGGAGCAGGAGAGCUUUCUGAAGAAGUUUACUACCUCCCCGGUCUUCACAGAGACAUCCAGGCUGGGCGCGUACCGCUUCACCUUCCCUCUAAAGGAGGUUCUGCAGGCCUACAAGCAGCAGGUCUGCUCUGGUUCUGAGCCCAUCCUGCGUGUUUAUGAGACUGUCCUGUACAAACAGGAAGUGAUGCAUGUAGUGCUGGUCCAUGGUCCAGCCAAUCAGGAGCUUUAUGCUGAGUAUCCCUUACUGACUGAUGACCCCAAUGCCAUCUGUGUCUUUAGAGAUGGACAGUUCAUCUGGAGGCCUGAAGCCAUGUCUGAGACUCACAGGCACGAGCUGAUCCAGAGAGAUGCUGAGAUGCGUAUGGAAGCUCAGGUGUCUGGUGGACGUCAUGAGUUUUAUGUUUGGGAUAACGUUUCCGUUGCUCUGCAUAUGGAGGAGGAGCAGGUUCUGAAGUUUGAUGUCGAUCAGCUGAGAAACAACCUGAAGUUCGUGACUAAAGAUGAAGUAACUACAAAUAGAAACCCUUUUGAUUCCUUUGAGGAAGCCAAGACGCUGGUUAAAGAACUGUGGCCAGAACAUGACAUCCCACUGGAGGAGCCUCAGACCAGCUGAAACACUCAGUUUAUUUAAAUCCAGGUUGAAGGCCGACCUGUUCUCUGCUGCUUUAGUUCUUACUAGGGGUCCAGAUCUGCAGCUGGUUCUUUCACUAUGAAAUCUUAACUUUAUUUCUUUAUCUGAGCUUUUCCUUGCUGUUUUUAUGUAAUCAAUUUUAUCUUUUAACUUUUUUAAUCUUUGUUUUUUCUAAUGGACU